GGAGCUUGUUUGGGUAUACGGAAUAAUUUACGGGAGUGUCACUGAACCCACGUGUACUGUAGCGAGGAGAUGGUGGGUAAGAAAAGGCGAAGCGGUGCUGCCCUUGCGUAUAAUUCGCCGAGAAAGAAGCUCAAAUUGUCAUCAAACAACCGCACUCAGUCCGUCGUACAAAACAGAGACGCAGUUGGCGUAAGAAGUGGAGAAAGAGGGAGAGAAGAAGAAGACUUUCCCCGAGGUGGUCAUGGCGUACUGACUGCACUGGAAAAGAAAGUGAUCAGAGAGCAGGCCACCCAAGACACUCUCUUCAAUGAAAGAGGAGCCGAGAGAGAUGCACCUGAGGAGAAUGAGCACACCGUAAAGUCGAAGAAGAGAAAGUCAGCAGCUGCCACGACAACAGGUUCACAGGGGUCACGGAAACGAGUUGACACCCUCUCACCCAAGAGUCUGGUGGCAGGGGUGCUGGUCCUUGGGGCAGUUCAAGAGAUCAGAGAUUUCGACGUCUCUGUCUCGCUGCCUGGUAACAUGUGUGGGACUGUCACCAUCGGCAACGUAUCCGACCUGUUGACAAAGGAAGUCCUGGACGAUAUGGUGGAGAAAGAGGAGACGGAGGAUGAGGAGAAUAAGGUGUGUCCAUUGCCGGCAUUGCGACGAGUGUUCUUCCCUGGACAACUGGUGGUGUGCUGUGUUCUGGGGGAGGGGGAGGGAGGGGAGGGGAGGAGGAAGGGUUCACGGGGAGUUCAUCUCACCGUGAACCCUCACAUCGUCAACAGCCACCUCUCAUCUCGCGACAUUGUGGAGGGAAUGGUACUGUCAGGCUGGGUCAAAAGUCUCGAAGACCACGGCUACAUCGUUGAUUUUGGUGUGGCAAACAAAGUGGGGUUCCUACUCAAGAAGAACGCCAAAGAGUUUGUGAAGACAUGCUGCAGAGGGCGGAAGUUGAGGUGUGGGCAGGUGGUGAGGUGCAAAGUCCUCUCGGAUGUCGACACAAGAUCCGUCCCCGUCUCCGUGGAGCCGGGUGUGGUGGGCGGGGCAUUGGUGGGUGGAGACUCGCUGGUACAGUUGCAUGCUCUUCAGCCGGGACUACUGGUCAAUACGGCUAUGAAAGAAGUGGCAUUAAAUGGAGUGGUAGUGACGUUUCUCGGAGGGUUUGAAGGGUCUGUAGGACUCCGCCACCUCCCCUCCUUCAACUCUCCGCCCGAGUCUCUCCCGCCCAAGAAGAAGGUGAAAGGUCGUCUGCUGUGGGUGGAUGUGGAGAGGAAGAAGAUUGGAGUGACUCUGCAGAGGGCGCUGGUGGAGGGGCGGAGCUUCACCUUCCAGGGGGUGGAGUUUGGUGACGUGUUUGAAGACUCUGAGAUCAUCAAAGUGUUCCCUGACUCCGCCCUCCUCCUGAGAUUGACCUCUGACCUCACGGGGUUUGCUCCUCUGCCCAUGGUCUAUGACGAGAGACGAGAUAAACUGGACAAGAAGCACCAACUGGGGACCCGCCACCAUUGCCGGGUGAUCCAGUUUAACCUGAUUGACGGGACGGCCAUUGUCAGCCUCCAGCCCUCCAUCCUCUCUCAACGUUACCUCAGAUAUAGUGACAUAUCAGCCGGAGACCUGCUAGACGCCACGGUCCAGCGACACGGAGGUUUCGGGAUGAUCCUGACAAUCCAGGGGAACAUUAGAGGACUGUGUCCCUCCACCCACAUCUCUGAUAGGGUCCUCAGAGACCCCCAGAGGAAGCUGCAGCCGGGGAAGACGGUCAAAUGUCGCGUGCUCCACGUGGCGGCUGAAGAGAAGAGGGUUCUGCUGACCUGUAAGAAGAGCCUGUUGCAACUGACGGAUGAGGAGAUCUUGUCUGAAUACACCCAGGCAGUGGCGGGACGGGUGUUUAAGGGGGUGGUGAGUCAAAUCAGCAAUCACGGAUUCACUGUGUUCUUCUUCAACAACGUGAUGGGCUACGUACCGAAGUCCGAGAUGGUGGGGGAGGGUGGUGGGAGGUUCCCGAUCCCGUCGACUGUGGUGCGACCGGGACAGGUGGUCGAGUGUCGAGUGCUCACCUGUGAGCCUGGGACAAAGAGACUGCGACUGUCUCAGCGGCUGGACAGCGAGGCUACACCGGACGUGGCUCCAGAGGACCAGCUGAGACCAGGGAUGAGGGUGAGGGGAGAGGUGGCUGGUGUGGCGGCAGACGGCGUCACUCUCCGCUGCAGAGAGAACGGGGAGUUUGGGUUUCUUCCGGUCACACAUCUAUCCGACUACCCCUCCCUGUGUGCCGGGAAACUGAGUCAACAUCAGCAGUCACUGGCGGCAGCUGUCAGAGAGGGUGGGUGUUAUGAGCUAGAUGAUGUGGUGGUGGUGUGUGGGAGGCAGUCCACCAGACCAGCUCUCCUCUCUCUCAAACCUUCCCUCAUCCAGUCCCUGGCUCACGGCUGGGUGGAAAACCACUCCCAACUCAAGUGUGACCAGCUGCUAACUGGUUUCAUAAGGAAGGUGAUGUCAUACGGCUGCUUUGUGGAGUUCCCUCACAACCUGUCGGCUCUAGCCCCCACCAAAUACCUCCAGGACCAGUUCACCUCUGACCCCUCUCUCGUCUACAGCGAGGGGCAGACCGUCUUCGCCAAGGUUCUGGAGGUGAGCGAGGACAAGAAGAGGUUUCUGGUGAGUCUGAAGCCCUCAGAUGUCCGUCAGGGGAGCGGGUGUGAGGGAGAAAGGGAAGAGGAGAGGAGGAGGAGACUAGGUGAAAGACUGGAGGGAUUCUUGGCAGAGAGACAAGCACUCAUGGCUUCCAGUCGUACCCUCUCUCCUGGCACUGUCAUCAGUGGGAAGGUGAUGUCAGUUGAGGAGGGAGAAGUGAAGGUGGAAUUGAAAGAAGGACUGCUAGGAAAAGCCACCACCCACACUGCUACUGGUGUGGAGGUGAAGGUUGGGAAGGAGGUGGAAUGUGCUGUACUGGAGGUGGAAGAUGAUGUGGUGAGAGUCAGUCUAAACCCAGCAGUGGUGGAGGCCUGCCGGAAAAGAAGAGAGGGAGAGGAUGGGAGGAAAGAGGUAUCAGAAGAAGGGAGGAGAAAGAGUUCAGGAGACCCAGAGACUGAUUUGCAGGCUGGUCAGUCUCUGGUAGCUACAGUAGAACUGAUGGCACCGCACUACCUUCUGGUGGCCCUGAACACACUCUCUGGGGCUGUACUGGCAUAUGCUGCCACUGACUCCGGACAGCUGGAAGUUCUCAAGGCCUCGUACAAUCACAUCAGAAUUGGCCAGAAGGUCAACACUGCUGUACACAGUCCCGCAUCUGAGUUGUCUGGUGAGAGGAGUGGUCCGCCAAUCGUCGUGGUGACAGGUACCCGAGUCAGGAAUUCCAAGGAGCCACGAGGAGCACAUUCCAAACCUUCCUACAUGAGCGUACAAACUGGCGACAUCAUCAACGUCAUUGUGAAAGGGGUUAAGACGGCGUUCCUGAGCGUAAAGUACCACCUCUGGCAGGGAAGGGUCCACUGUUGCCUGGCAACUGACAAUCCACGUCAGGGCCACACCCCCUUUGCAGAGGUUCAUCCUGGAGAUGUUAUCAAGGCACGUGUGGUGGGGAUAAGAAAGAAAGAGAUUAAACGUCUGGGCAGCAAGAAAGGAGCAGCCAUAACUACACUGGAGCUGACAACCAAAGAGAGUCUCCUGGACCCAGCAGUAGAACUGAAGACGGCAGAGCUGCUGAGGAGCAAGUUCAGCCAGGGAUCAGAGCUGGUUGGAUUUGUACACGAGGUUGACGAGAGAGGACUAUUUGUACACCUUUCACCCAAGACACAAGGCCACGUGCCACUGAUGUUGGCUCACCAUGACCUCUCAGUGCUCCGGAACCUGCGGCGCCACUUUGCAGAGGGAGAGGCAGUGAAAUGUGCAGUCGUCAGUGGUAGCAAGAAAAGUCAACCAGUUCUCUCUCUCAUCGGUCACGUGAGUACUCCGACUGUGGGCUCCGCCGUGGAGUGCCUGGUGAGCGAGACCACGCCCCUCGGUCUCAUCGUCUCCGUUCCCUGGUGGGCGGGGUUUGGUCGUGUCGACAUCACAGACGUGGCAGACGAGUACACGGAGGAUCCACUGGAGGUGUUCCGGGAGAUGAGGGAGGGUGUGAGGUGUUGUGUGGUGAGGGUGUGUGGGGACCAGAUGGACCUCUCCCUUCGUCCCUCUCGUGUCUCAGCCCACCCAGUGGGGGAUUCCCCUGACAGAGAGAUUACAUCACUGGAGGAGCUGCCUGAAGGCUCCAUUGUCAGGGGGUAUGUGAAGGCAGUGACAGCUGUUGGAGUCUUUGUCAGACUGGGAAGAAGGUUAGAUGGAAGAGUGCAGAUCAGACAUUUGGCCGAUGGGUUUGUCAAAAACUUUAAAGAGAAGUUCACCGUGGGACAACUUGUCAAGGCCAAAGUUCUGUCGGUGGAUGUGUCAAAGUCUCAGAUAGAGCUGUCACUGCGUCUCUCACACACUGACCCGGCAGCUGCCAAGAGAGAGAGGAGGAGGGCCGACAAGGAGCGGGCGAGGAGGGAGGAGGAGGAGAGGAAGAUGGACAGCGAUGGUGGGAGUCCUGACAGCUAUAGUUCAGACGAGGAGGAAGAACAAGAUGAGGGAGAUGAGGAAGGGGAGAGUGAAGAGGGAGAAGAGGAGGCAAAGCCAACGUUGCAGUUGUCAGGGUGUGACGGCUUCGUGUGGGAGAGAGGAGACAAGGAGGAGGAGAGAGAUGGGUCAGGUCACAAUGAGGAAGAGGAAGAGGCCGAGAAGGAGGUCGUGUCAUCGAAGAAGUCCAGAAGGCAAAAGAAAGCAGCUCUGAAGGCCGAGGAAGACCAGCUGUACCAGGCGGAGAGAGCUCAGCUGGAGGAGACCAGAGCUCCAGAGAAUGUGGAAGACUACGAGAGACUUCUCCUGUCUCGACCCAACAGCUCUGCCCUCUGGGUCCAGUACAUGGCCUUCCUCUUGCAGACGGCUGAGGUGGACAAAGCCAGGGCGGUGGGGCAGAAAGCCCUGCAGAGCAUAUCCUUCAGAGAGGAAGAAGAGAAGUUGAACGUGUGGGUGGCUCUGCUGAACCUGGAGAACCUGUAUGGGUCUCAGGAGUCCCUAAUGACCAUCUUCCAGUCGGCUCUCCAACAGAACGAGCCACUGGACGUGUACCGCAGACUGACCUCCAUCUACCAGGACUCCAACAAGACAAACCUGGCCGAGCAGCUGUACCAGACGAUGACUCGGCAGUUUCGCUCUGAGCUGUCAGUGUGGACAGAGUUUGGUCAGUUCCUGAUGAGGAGAGGGAAGCUGGAGGCAGCUCGACGUCUCCUGCAACGCUGUCUCAAGACACUCCCUCUCAAACAGCAGCAUGUGGAAGCCAUCUCGAAGUUUGCUCAGUGCGAGUUCAGAUACGGAGACGCUGGCAGAGGAGGGACCAUGUUUGAGAGUCUGGUGACCAGCUAUCCUCGCAGAACUGACAUGUGGUCUGUGUAUGUUGACAUGCUGGUCAAGUCGAAACAGACCAGUCAGGCCAGAGAGGUGUUGGAGCGAGCAGUUCACCUGAAGCUGUCGGCUAAGAAGAUGAAGCUGAUGUUCAAGCGCUACCUGGAGUUCGAGAGACAGUAUGGGUCUCCAGCUGGUGUGGAGGCAGUCAAGGACAAAGCUAGAACUUAUGUUGAAACCAAACUGGCCCAGCAGGGACCGUCGUAG